GGAAGCGGUUUCAAGCAAGUGAAAGAUCUUUCUCUCUCUAAAACCUAUCUUUCUCUCUCUAGAAAUGUGCGGCGGUUCUCUCAUCACCGAGCUCCAAGACCUCGACGCCGACCGGCGACGGUACGUUGUGACGCCGGAACACAAACCUCAAGGAUGUGAGGGUGAAAAGACGGAAAAGCCCUUGGAAGAGGAGGAGGAGAUCAAAGGAAACGAGGGCAAGAGAAGGAAAAACGCGUACCGGGGGAUCCGCCGGCGGCCGUGGGGGAAGUGGGCGGCGGAGAUCAGAGAUCCACGGAAAGGCUCUAGGGUUUGGCUCGGAACCUACGCCACCGCCGAGGACGCCGCGCGUGCUUACGAUGCCGCUGCGCGCGAGAUCCGUGGAUCCAAAGCCAAGCUGAACUUCCCCACCGAUGAAGCCCCGAUCGAAAAGAAGCCCCGCGCGGGGACAUCGUCGGAGGAACCGGCGGUGGCUGCGCCGGCGACGACGUCGCCGGAGGAGGCGCUGAGAGAGAGGAUCGCUGGGCUGGAGGAGUUGCUGGGGUUGGAGCACGAGAUCCCGGGGUUUGAUCUCGGGGCUUGGAAUGCCGAGAAGGGUUGCUGGGCUUCCUUUGAGUGAUGGAUGUACGGCUGAGAUCGAAUCUUGAUAUGCAUCAAGAUUUGUGUGUUUGUGAUGAAAAAAA